UAGUAAUAGAAUAGUCAUUUGCUCUGUUAGUAUUGUUAAUCCAAAAAAGUUUCCUUUUUCUUUCUUUGGACAACUAAAGUUCUUACAAAAUGAAUUCAAAAUACUUGAUAUUGUUCAUAUGUUUUGUGCAAGUGUUACAUUAUUAUUACGCGGAUGGUAAAUCAUUGAUACCAGAUUCAAUAUCGUCGUUGAUUCCAUCAAACGGGAGUGUGAUACCGGAUUCAAUAUCGUCGUUGGUUCCAUCAAAAGACAAAGUGAUACCAGAUUGUUUCUUCGGUAUUGAAACGAUUGACUUUAUUUUAUUCACACGACAAAACAGCAAUGGCACUCUUCUUACGUUACAAAAUCUAACGGACGACAAUGUAUUUGACAAAUCUCAGCUAUCAUGUCCACUUAUAUUCCUUAUACACGGUUUCCUUUCAUCUGCAAAUAAUUCAAAUUACAAGGAUAUGGCGAAUGAAAUAAUAAAAAAAUAUAAUGCACUCAUAAUCUCAAUUGAUUGGAAAAAGGGUGCUUGUAGUACUGGAGUUUCACUUCUCCAGUACGCUGGUUAUUUCAAAGCUGUUGAAAAUACACGUAUUGUUGGACAAUAUAUCGCUAAUUUCACCAAGGUACUUGUAGAAAAAUAUAAAAUGCCAAUGUCAAAUAUACGAUUGAUUGGGCACAGUUUGGGAGCACAAGUAGCAGGUUUUGCGGGGAAAGAAGUUCAAAAGUUAAAAUUAGGAAAUUAUCCUUUAAUUGUCGGGCUCGAUCCUGCUGGGCCAUUUUUCAAUUUGAAUAGUUGUUCUCAAAGAAUCUGCGAGACAGAUGCGGAUUAUGUAGAAAUUGUACAUACAUCGCUUCCAUUAGGAACAGAGAGAACCCUUGGUACCAUUGAUUUUUAUGUGAAUGAUGGAAUUUAUCAACCUAGUUGCAAUAUCGUGGAUAUAUCCUGUUCUCAUACGAAAGCCGUGAUAUAUUUUACCGAGUGCAUAAAACAAGAAUGUUGUUUAAUUGGAAUACCGUGGGAUAAUCGUUCGCAGGCUAUUUCGACUUGUACAAAGGAUAAAUGCGUUUGUAUUGGAUUAAAUGUAAAUAAUUAUCCUGCUAGAGGUAAAUUUUAUGUACCAGUUAAAAGUGAUUAUCCCUAUUGCAAUAACAAUGGCACAGUACUUUAAUUAUGAAAGAAAUGUUACAAUAAACUCAAAAACAUGUAUUACCAAAAAAUAAAUAAAUAAAGAUUGAUGAAAUAA